AUGUCGUCAAAUGACCCACCACCGAGCUACAAUGGCACCACUGCUGUGUCCGAGAAGCCAAUCAUUGUGUGCGAGAAGCCCAAAACAUCAACCUCUUACCAUCUCACCCUACAGAGGUCCAAGAGAACCAUCGCUCUUCCCAGCGGCCGUUACGCAUGCUCAGGCACGAUCGAAGAAAUGGACGUCGCCAUCACCAUCUCGGACAACGACACCUGGCUCAAGAUCCGCGAAGAGAUCUGGCGCCUGUACCAGCAAGUGUAUCCUGCUUAUAUGGGUGCUGCCGACAUUACAGAUUACUGCAUGGGCGCCUCCAUGCAAUACACUGCUCUUGAAGGAGAUGUGUUUGGCCGCGUUCAGGCGAUCGAGGCAAAGGAUGAUGCUCUUUGGGUGUUUCUGAAGCGCGACGAUAUCAGUAUCAUCAACAUCAUCGCAUACUGUUCGCCACGCGAGGGGAAGCGCCUGGAAAGAUCAGAAACUCGAAUGUUUACGAGUUCGCCUCGUUUGCUGACCACCAUCUAA